GUGACAUUUGUUGUUUAUAGAUUUUUCGCCCACAGCAGAUGUCUCGACCCUGGACAGAUAACAGAAAUACACAUUGCCACUCAAUCUGUAUUCAUCUUGUGACUUCUCCUUGGAAGAAGGAGAGAGGGACCCUAGGCGGGACGUAAAGGAGUUGAUGAAAUCCUGUUAAGACAGACAAUCAGAUGGUAUGGCCUCUGAGGACCCCCAAGACCAACUGGAUGAGGCUAUUAAAAAGGCAGGACGCCUUGCUGAGGAGCUCAACCAAGAGAAGGACCCACAAGCCUAACUGGACGAGGCCAUUAACGAGGCAAAAAGGCUGGCUGAGGAGCUCAACCCAGAGCGGGAAAAUAAGAAGAAAAAGACAAACAAGCCUCCAGGGAUUAGGUUCAGAUGGAGACAAAGGGAUGAGAGAGGACAGAUUGUUCCUCAAACCAGGAAGGCAACUACAUCCACUUCUCUUGGGCCAGUACAUCAAGAGCCAGACUAGUGCAACAUUUUGGGCCAGUCACUGAGGAGGAAGAAUCAGAUUGUUUCUUACCAUUGGACGUACCAGAGGUGAUAUGUUGUUGCCUGACAAGCACCAUCCAUGUUGGCCCUGGGAAACAUAUAAUCCUCGUAGGAAUAAAUGGUCACUACAAUGUCACAGUGCCUGUGCUGACCUGCACAACCUGUCUUAGCACCUGGACAGCAAACUUGGCAGAUCUGAUAAAGAAUGGGUACUGGCCUGCCACUGUCAACUGUGACACCAUACACCAGGUAGAUGUGUUCAGCUCUUUUGAGGAGCUGAAAGUGUCAAACCCAGGAAUGUCCCGUCUGGAGUUUAUGUGGAUUUUGGAGCAGCGAACUGACUUCUUUGGCAGGAACGGAAUGAUCUGUGGGGACACUUUUCAAAAAAGCUUCUUUGGGUGGAUGUACUGCCGCUCUGAAAUUGAUCAGGUCUGUGAUAUACAGUACAUUGACUGCCCAGCCUGUUCCCCCGGCAUGCUUGCAGUGUCAGUGGAUGGGAACAAGAAGCUGUAUCGAUUCAAAAAAGGGAUUAUGGAAAAGCGCUAUGUGGAGCAUCCCAGUGGACAGCAGCUAAAGAGUCGUCAAGGAAAACAAACAACAAACUUGAUGAAGAGGGACUCGGAAGUUGCCGUCUGCCGCCACGGAAUACUUCUAAGGAGCCUCAACAUGAUGCGGGGAGAGAUAUUUGCUGUUCUUGCAGAAGGAAUUGUCUGGCAGCAGGAACAUACAAUUCAAUUUGGCCAUCCUGACCAAAGUUGCCCUUCAUUGUCCAGAGCUCGCCACUCUUCUAGACAUGAAGCCACUUCUUUCCGUCACGCAUGCAAAGGCACAUCGUUUGAAAUGCGAGCAAGAACAGACAUGCUAACCAUCCAGGCCGCGGGGUGGAACAGAAGGAAGAACAACAUGCACAGAGUAUUGUCCAUAAGAUACUUGAAGACUACAGCAAAAAUCCAGGAGGAGACCCAGACUCUCGAAAAGUUUAAGAGUGAUUUGGGUGUAGGCGAUGAGACUCUGUACAACUGGACAACGGAAGUUCAGCAAUGGGCUAAUACAGAGGAAACAAAUGAGAACAUGGAUGGUCCCCAGGUACUACAGAGAACAAUUGAAGUCCUGUUUCUUAGCAUCAAACAAAGGAAACGGAACCUCUACCAUCAAACAGAUGGAUGCAAGAAAAGACACCUUCUGCACAGAAAGAUAUUGGAAGAAAAGGCCAAAUUGACAGCUGUCACAGAGGAGUACAACACCCUUGUACCAGAUUCAGCAAUACCAUCUACAGAUGAGAUCCUUUCCGCAGACCUUCAUGCAUGGCCUUGGGAGCUGCAUGGACAAACUGACCUACUCACAAAGAAAAUAGCCUUUGACCGGGUGAUGCUCCUGAGAUGGCUGAAGGAGGAGGAGUUAACUGUCCUAAAGGAAGUCAAGCAGCACUGGGAAAGCCUAAAGAGGGAAUCGGAGAAUGUGCAAGACCUUGCUUCACAUGUGACACUUGACCUAAGCAGGCAAAUUUGACAGAGUCCUGGUGUCUUCUGAGGCUGCUGACUCUCCUCUGAAGCAUGGAGAAGAGACCUCUGCUCCCAGCUUCCGACUGAUUCAAUUGCAAGCCUAACACCAAGAAGAUAACUUCAUAGAUGACCUCCUGGAAGAGGACCUAGAUGACAUCUAUUACAGCAUCCACUACAGCUCUGAUGACGAGGAAUAUUUCACAGACUGAAGGUGUUCGUUUGGGUGGUUGCAGUUUGCACUGGGUGAAAAGUGAUUCCAUUUGUUUUGCAUAUGUGCUUUAUCUGCCUUCCUAAGGAAAAAUAGGUUGAACAUUUUAUGGAAAAUAAACGUACGUUUCUUCCUUGUUGACAAUGUGAUCAUGUGGCACAGAUUUGCGAAGGGCGCUUGUCUGUUACUGCUUUUGCUCGGUUACAUGACCAGGUCCAAUGCACCCCUUUAAAUGGCCAAUCUGCAGUUGCUACAUUCACUUUUGGAUUCUUGAAGAAUAUAAUUUAUAAAUGCCUCAUGGACAUAGUUCAACUGCCCUACUCCAUCAGAUCCCAAAAUAUAUAUAUUUUUCUACUUCAAUGUUUGUAAACAAAGUAAAUGUAAACAUACACUAGCAUGUGUCAAACUCAUUCCACGGGUGAGCCGAGUGUC